GGUGCUGUACUCGCCGGCGCGCGGUGGCGGUGCGCCCGUCGCUUGCGGCUGCUGCAGCGCCGGCGUGGGGCGCUCCCAGUGCCUGGUCCGAGGAGGGGGGCUCCGGAACGCCCUCUGAAAGCUCUUCCUCGCGGCCCAGACCGCCCCCGGGGCCCGCCGCCGCCGGCGGCGUGGCGGCGCUGGCGGGCGCGGGGCGCUGCGCCGAGGCGCUCCGGGAGCUGCGGCGCCUCGAGGCGUGCGGGGCCCAACCCGACGCCGCCCUCGACGCGGAGCUGCUGGAGCAGGUGCGCCGCGUGGGCACCAGGUACGAGGAGACGCUGGAGAUGCUCUCUUGGCAGGUGCGAGAUCUGCCAGUUUUUGAGAGCAACGAGGAGCUGAGGCUGGAGUGGGGCUUCCGCAGCUCGGGCAACAUGGUGUGGGUCGUCGUCGUGUGGGACACCCCGGACGUGGACCUGGUCCGCGCCCUGGCGGGCAGGCUGGAGAGGAGCCUCAGCGACCAUUACGACACAGGGGUCAUCUCUUGCGAGCCCCUGUGGCAGAAACGCGCGUACGAGGAGAUCUGGCACAAGGUGAGCGUGGUGGAGGCAGCAGGCAAAACGACCAUGGACGAGAUCCUAAUCGACAGUACCGUCGAUGCCUUGGACGAGCCCCUGGGCGCCGUCUGGGUGCUGGAUCCCGGGGGGCACUGAGUCUAUGCCCCCACCUCUUCAUCGUCUCUUUAUCUUCGGCCUUGCCUUCGUCUCCGUCGUGGCCUUCGUCAUAGUCGUCUUCACUGGCGUAGCCGUCCCUUCUGGCCCGUGUCUUGCACAAGUCCGAGCCCUAUCGAUGUUCUGUCAGGCGCGCGCGCUGGCAAACGGUCGUGCAACCCGCAACCCUCCGAAAAGCAUUGCAGGUUGGGCCUCGUUCUCCUGUUGGGUUCGUGCGUGUGAUCCCGCUGGCAGUUAUACUUAAGUCUGUCUCCCUGGUCACGAUCCGUCGCACGAGUUCGUCCAUCCCAGAUG